AUGGAUAGAGAGAAUGCUGCUUCCGUUUCAGGAAAGGAUGACUGGACCGCAGUAUCUGACCCGAGAGAGAAGAAGAGGAUUCAAAACCGAAUCGCGCAACGUGCUCACCGUGAGAAGCUUAAACAGCGUCUUCAAGUUCUUGAGAGUCUGGUCAAAGAGAAGAAAGAAUUGUCCGCCAACGAGCAUGAGCCCCGGGACAAAGACUCGCUCAGCGUACCUACGACCCCAGGACAACGAUCAGUGCCAUCAUCAACAGCGCCUCCUCUCAGCUCAACUAGCAUGUCCAGAGAAUCAAUGUCUCUUUCAGAAGAUCCCUCGUCACAAUACCCAGAAGUCGCCGAGACCAUGUGGCGUUUUCUUGCCCAGACACCGCAGAACCCACCACUAAUCGCCAGUCCAGCCGGGCUCUUCAGUGGGGGAAGGCCAAAUGACAUCCAUAAAGGAUUGGCGCCGGGAUGUUUCGACCGCGGAGAUCCACUGGCUGUGAGGUUUGAUGCCCCCUCGGACCAGAUGCUUGGGAUGAUAGCCCCAGGCGAGAUACCAAGCUGGGGAAACGAUAUCGCUCUCAGUUAUCUCUCCUCCCCACCCGAAACAGAAGCUUUUCAACGUCGUGACUACUCUGACGAGUUCAUGGGUAUUCACGGUGGCUCCUGCGCUGGGAAGAACGAACUGAAAACGCCACGGGGACGGGUCGGCUCUAUAGCAAGCACAACGUCUCUUUGCGAGAGGCUGAACUGUCUGAAGCAUUGUGCAAAACUUCUGGGCUUCAGCAGCUUGGAUGCCGUGCUAUCUCUCUACUACACAGCCGACCUGAGCGAGUCACCUGCGCUCUCAAACGAGCAGAGUGCCAGUCGCGAGCGGCGGCUUCCCACUCUGCUCUCCGAGAUCAGAGAGCAUUCCAACAUUUGGAAUAGAUGGGAGCAAUCUGGUUUCAUUGAAGAAAUGCUUAGAGGUGCUGAAUGCUUUUACGCCGAGGAAGUCAAACAAGGGAGGGCUGACUUGGAUGAUCAACUCAUGGGAACUCUCGACGACCCGUUGAUGAUAGAAUCCGUGCCCGAGAUCGCGUGGAUCUUGAGAGACAAGACGGCUUACAUGACGCAUCUUGUAUUAGUAUCCCCGCCUAUGGGCAUUGAUCACGAGCCUCAUUGCCCACACAGCGACGGACGGAGAGCAGGCACAUCCUCAUGGGGCAUUCGCACCUAUGAUGACGAUUUCUACAAGUGCAUGCACCUCGGUAUCUGGUGCAUUGGCUGUCGCAUCGAUUCUGCACUGCACGCCUUGACGGGAAGACAAAAGACUAUACUGGUUUAUCUUAGAGGCUUCAUGGAUCUAACUACUCAAGACUCAACGGAUGCCCCUCUUGCACUUGGCAACGCGUCUGAUGUGGUGAGCGGUAGACAGAAGAGUGGUCUUACGCCCCCGGAGCUCAUACGCUUUCGACAUCCAUUUUUGCAACAACUUACGAUGAAGUGUCUGCUUCUCCUGUGCACAGGAUUGACCCAUGUUCUGGGGAACGUCAAGAAUACCGGUCCCGACGCACUCUGUGUCUUUCCCCGGCCUCUCGCACACUCCUUGAUCUGCACCGUCAAGGAUGUUGUAGACCCGCUCACCACCGCUCGGGACCGCGUCUCGUCUAACUCUUCAGGCUUACCAACAAGUUCUCUCUGGACUGGGAUUUCUCGAUGCUUCAAAGAAGGGCUUGAAUCUCCCGAAUUUUGCAUUUACAUCAAGGAAGACUACGGAGGCAAGGGCAUGGCUGUCAUAACCGAGGCCGAGACUGCCAGUCAUAUUGUGAAUAGUCGGGGGUUUACCGAACCAAGCUAUCUUAUGGGUACCAAUCAGAUAUCGCCAAAGAUUAAGGUCGCGGCUAUUCCUGGCAAAGAAUAUGGAUUGGUAGCCACUGAACGUAUCGCACGGGGUGAGAUGAUUCUCAAAGAGACCGCCAGUCUUCUGGUUGACUACUCAGCACUCGAAUCGAUGCCACGAAACCAGCUGGACAUCAUGAGAGCUCAUGCAGUAGGCCUGUUGAAUUCCCAUCAUCGGAAUCAGGUCAUGAAUCUGUCUACGCAUGGAUACCAUGGAGACGAGGUAUCUACUGUCGCUGCAAUUGCCAAGAACAAUAUGUUCUCGAUCAGCACCAAUAGCAGCCGUACUGACGACCGGUUUUAUGCACUGUUUGCUCAAACUUCUCGCCUGAAUCACGAUUGCCGCCCCAACAUCGACUACUGGUUUGAUCCUCGGACUCUCACACAGCGCACAACCGCCCUUCGCGACAUCGUUCCCGGCGAAGAGCUCACAAUCAGUUAUGUCGAGCCUUUGCAAUCUCGUGAUGACAGGCAGAAUCGUCUGCACUUCAACUGGGGCUUCAAUUGCAGCUGUCAUUUUUGCAAACAACCUGAUCUCAUGACUGAAGCCUCAGACAAACGAAUAGCACAAAUCUACUCACUGCUUGAGGAGCUGAAGGACCACUCGCCUCAGUCAAAUGCUACGCCACAAAUGGCCGAGCUUCUUAUAUCUCUUUAUCAUCAAGAGCACAACUGGAGUUUCCUUAGUGAGGCCUACAUGCUUGCUGCAAUUGAAUACAGCGGUGUUGGAGAGCCGUGGCUUGCGACAAAGUAUGCUAGCCUAGCGAUCGAUGCUGGUCUCCUCUCUCUGUGGGAAGAUCAUAGACACGUCAAAGAUAUGGAAGAUCUCGCGAGGGAUCCCUGGUCACAUUGGACGGGCAAGCAGUUUGGAUGCCUAAAAAUGAGCAAUGUCUCGGCUUUUGGUGAAUUUCCAUUUCAAACUGGAAGAACUGCAGCGGUGAGCGCCUUGGCGGUUGUAUAUCCAAUCAACAUAGUUCUCGGAGUGCAAAGAAGUGCUAAUCAGCCCCUUGUGCAGAUCAGCCGCACGAGUCUAGCCAUCUUUUUCCCAUCGAACUUUAUGGAUCGUCAUAGACGGCUGAUUGAGGACGACGAUUAUGCCUCAGGUAAACAUCAUCUUUCACUAAAUGAUCGACUCCCCGAACUCGACCUUCAUAUGACAAAAUCAGCGAUGGAGAAGCUGAAACUAUUUGUGAAGCACUUCAGAAAGUUGAGAGCUGGCAUUGAAGAUGAGGAAAAGGACGACCAGGAUGUUGAUCCCGAUUGGGACUUUGACCCAGAUAACUACGACAAGAAGUUCCUCGGAAAGCUGCAGCAGAAUUUCUACGACGCAGCCGAAAUGAUCAAGAUUGCGUUCUUCACUCUUGUUGUCGACGAAGGCUUGCCAUCGCAACAAAGAUGGAUAUAUCAGACACUCUUGCUUCAGUAUCGACAAACUCUAAGCAAUCAGAUUUAUCCUUGGACUUAUCUAAGUGUAUUUCUAGCUUGGUACUUUCCGAACAUCAACUUUCACCCAUACACAUUGGCCCUCUUCGCCGACAGCCAGAUUCGUUGCAAGUACGCCAGCUUGCCGAAGGAUCUCGGUUUCUUCUUGAAGCCCGUGAUCUACUCGGGUGCACGUGUUGUGUUCCGAAAACUAUUCGACUUCCGCGAUAUAUCGGUUGCUUUGGAGACAGUCUUGGGAUCUUCCGAUUUCUGGCCUACUGCUGUCGCACCAAUCUUGCCCGGUUUACUGCUCAGUGUCCCAAGGGGUACAAUUAAUGGAUUCGUUCCGGAGGGAAGGCAGGGAAUAAUCAUGGCUGUAGUCGUAUGGGCGUGUGUUACUACUCUUCCCGAAGUUCUUCAUUACUCCUUCUGGUUAUGGUUUACUGGGCCGGACCUAUAUUUGCAGCCUGUGGUGGCCGUCGAGUGGUUGCUGUGCUCGAUCUUCUGGCUUUCAAAGGGGGUUCCCUUCCAGGCAGCUUAUACAAUGCACCUCUUCGUCAACCAGUACCCUCAUCAGGGGUUUUGGCUACGACAUCAUGGCGGAGAGGCUUCACCGAUUCUUCGCAUGGAGCGCCGGGGGUGUCUCUGGUUCGCGCUUACGAGCUUUUUUAUCAAAGCCCUCGAGAUGGAUCCGACCUCAGCUAGGACAGAGCCUUUUGUGCUCCCUGUCAGCACUUCGCUAAAGGUUGCUGUUUUUAUCGGAAUGGGCGUAUAUCUAGUGAGGUAUGGAAUGGCGAUGCGAAUGACGAAGUUCAAGCAUAAGCCAUUGCGACGACCAAACGAAUUCCGCAUUCUUCGGCUUCGGGCUCAACCCUGCUUCCGGAACUCACCAGUGCAAUGCGAUAUCAUCCACGCAACCUUAGAUUCACCUCCCUCGUAUCGAGCAGUGUCUCACCGUUGGGCAGCUACAAGAGAUGAACCACAAAUCAUUCUCGUAGAUGGAGCGCCAUUUCUAGUUUCUACAAGCAUUCACGAUCUCCUUGUACAGUUGCGGAGGCUGCGCCUUUCUCAGCUUCUAUGGAUUGACUCUAUUUGCAUUGACCAGGCCGACGCGCAAGAGAAGAGUCGACAAGUCGGGCUGAUGCGAGAAAUUUUCGAGGAGGCUACAUCGACUAUCGGCUGGCUGGGCAAAACUCCAGUAGCAACGAAGGCAUUCGAGCUUGUCCGGCGAAUUGUGACUACGGCACAGAUGGAUCAGGCAGAGCUCCUCAAUUUGAAGUCGUCACCUUUAUCCGGAUGGCAAGAACUCCUCUCUCUCUUAACCAAUAGCUGGUUUGAAAGAGUCUGGAUCAUUCAAGAAAUUGCUGCUUCUAAAGAGACCAUACUUCAAAGUGGAAAUACGCUGAUACACUGGGAAGAUUUCGCAGAAGGUCUGGGCCGGAUCUUGGCCUCAGGAACAGGAAACGAUGACCAUCUGUCUAUCCUGACCAACGAACAUCUUAUGAAUGCGCUGAUCAUGGAGAAUAUGCGGUUUCAGGUUGACGAGAUUGACCGUCUUGCCCUGAAAGAUGCUUUGAAACUUGGGUCUAGGUUCAAAUCAACACUUUCGGUCGACAAUGUGUUCGCCUUGCUAGGAAUCAUAAAAGAACGCAACGCGCCGUUGUUUCACCCAAACUUUCGUCAUAGCGAAGUCUUCACAGACGAGAUCUUUUCUCGGGGAGGAGCCGCCAAGGAUAUGUUCGACACUUUGGAUUCAAUUGUUGAGUUUGCCGACGGGCUGAGAAAGACUAAUCCCCUUCAGAGCCGAAAGACAAUCAGAUUACUGAGGUCCUUACCAAAGGCGACACGGUCUUUCAGCGAAAUGGUGGAUGGUAUGCACAGCAUUCUAGAUCGAACAAAACAGUCCAAAGACAGUCCACAGCACAUCAAGCCGGACUAUACUGACAAGAGUACGCCGGAAGUUGUAUACACCAUGGUUGCCCGAGAACUUGUCAGAACCGGAGAUGCCUUCGCCUUUCUGCGAUACGCAGGAAUCGGUAGCUCUAGGAGUCCUUCAUUCGAAAACCUGCCAUCAUGGGUUCCAGACUGGUCAGCCGAGGUCAACGUGUACAUUCUACCUCAUGAUGCCAAACCGCCGACGAAGCGACAAAAGCCAACUUCGACUGAUGCUUUCAAAGGCAAAGACAAACAUCACUCUUUAGUUUCUGAUGGCGGGUUCAACUUACUUCACGUCAAGGGAGCUGUGAUCGGCAAGGUCGCUUUGGCAACCAAGAUGCACGACAAUCUCGAGAAGUCUAGAGGAAACAUUCUCAAGGAUGCGAGAACGGAUUUAGAGCUCCAAGUUUCAAGCUUUGAAGCAGCAUUGAGCGCCUCGAAGGGGAUCAAUCUUCCGCCAAAUCAGUCGGACGACAGUCGCAAACAUCUCUUUCUCAAUGCGGUUCUGGCAAGAUCUAAUGACGAGGUUCAGGGCAAUACUUUCAAGCAAGCUGCAGACUUGCUAGCAGAACGCAUGGAGAAUGACCAAAAGCUUCUCCAGAAGCUUCGGGAAAGCAACUUGGAUAAUAGCCCGCGUCCACACAGCCCUACCCCUAGCGAUCCGUCAUUAAAAUCCUUGGAGGCCAUGGCAAGGGAUUAUCUUAUAAAACGAAAGGUCCAAUCCUCCUCCAACAGUAAGUUUGCACAUCUUAUGAAAACGGAUGUCUUGCCUAGUUUCGAGCACUAUCGUUGGCAAGAGAAAACCUUUACACUUCCGCCAGGAGGUCCCUUGCGAAUGUUUGACAAGCGUGGCACGAGUGUCCUGGCGGCAUACGAUCAAUAUGUGGACUACACCCUCGGGAGAAAGUUCGUCGUGCUCGAAACGGGGCAAAUGGGCUUAGCACCAGCAGGGGUUGAAGUUGGCGACUUAAUCAUCUGGGUGAAAGAACACGCAGUCUUUCUGACUCUACGGCCGGCUCCUAUAUCAACGCGCGUGAAAGAGGAAUUGAAACUUGAAGAAUUGCGGAAGCAAGAGUUGGCGAGGCAAAGGGCCGAAAAAGAGAAUGCUAGGAAAGAAAAGAUUGACAAGGAUGGUGCCGAAAAACAAAAAGAAGUUCACAAAGCAGAACAGGCACGUAGUGAAGGAGAGGAAGACGAAAAGGGCCCAAGCGAGGCUAGCAACAGCAACUUGUUCGAUCUAGACAACACCUUUCGAUUAAUCGGAGAGGCCUUUGUCAGCAACGCACAACAGGGCCCAGACAGGGCAGCUGCAGCAGGGGACGGCGAUGGAGAAUGGUUCAGCUUGUGGUAG